AAGAUGAGCUUUCCCACCGACUGGAUGCCUUUUGCCCCACCGAUGGAUAAGGAAAUAUUUGGCACAGGGGUCACUAUCAAAGAAGAACUAAGCGACCAUGUCACCGAAGAGACGCUUUUGGACAUUAAAGAAGAACCAUUUGAUUAUGGAGAUGAAAACAAUGGGGACAAGUAUUCAUUAGAUGGGGAUCAGGCGAUGCACAAGGAAAGUCUUACGAAAAAUGCACAAUUAAAAGUGGAAGCCACCUUGAAACGGUUUGUAUGUGAGGUGUGCGGCAAAAUAUUCUCUCGCAAGAGUCACAUCAACACUCAUAUGAAAGUUCACACAAAGGAAAAGCCAUACAGCUGUGAUACUUGCAAAAAGGCUUUCUCACUUAAAAAUAAUCUAGUGAACCACAUGAGGGUACAUACAAAUAAGAAGCCAUACAGCUGUGAGAUUUGCAAGAAGACAUUUUCUGUGAAAAGUAAUGUAGUAAGGCACAUGGUAGUUCAUACAAAGGAGAAGCCACACAGCUGCGAGAUUUGCAACAAGGCCUUCUCAUAUAAAAGUAGUCUAGUGAUUCAUAUGCGAAUACAUACACAUGAGAAACAAUACAUCUGUGAGAUUUGCAACGAGGCCUUCUCAUACAAAAGUGGUCUAGUGAACCAUAUGCGAAUACAUACAAAUAAGCAAUACAGCUGUGAGAUUUGCAAUAUGACUUUUUCAUGGAAAUGUUAUCUAGUAUAUCAUAUCAGAGUACAUACAAAUGAGAAGCCAUAUAUCUGCGAGAUUUGCAACAAAUCCUACACUCUUAGGAGUACUCUAGUAAGACACAUGAGAGUACAUAAAAAGGAGAAGCCAUACAGCUGUGAGAUUUGCAAUAAGGCGAUCUCAAGGAAAGAGCAUCUGGUGAGGCACAUGAAGGUACAUAAUAAAUAGAAGCCAUGUGUGGUUUGCGAUAAAACCUCACAGGAUUGUUAUCUAG